GACCCGAACGAACGAACCAGCUAAUCGGCAGUUUCUCCGGCUGCGCUGAGGUGAUUGAUGCUCAAUCAAUCCAAUAUUUGCUAAACAAAAUCGAAUCCGAACACCGACUACAUUUACUACAUUCGUUGAUGGAUGAUAAAUAAUUCAAUCAGAUCGAAACCGAAAGCGCCACCCGUACAAUCGACUGACUAUUUAGCAAACAGCAGGGUGGAAACUGUGCCGAACUCGAGAUAAACACGCCGAACCCGAGACAAUAAAUGCCACUCAAUAGAACGCUCUGCGGGGAAGAAUUAUGUGAUUUCGUUCACGAAAGUAUAUCGGGCGGCAACCGUGCGUGAUGGUCUGCUCUCUCUCCCUCUCUGUCUCAACUCAAACCAACGAACAAUCGUUUUCAUACAGAAUUUGAGUGGUUUGUCGUUGGUGGGCGAUCUCUCGCAGUGAUCAGUUGAAUUGUUCCGUCCGCCAUCGACGCAUCCGAUCCGACAUCGUCGUACGUCGGAGAUCCGUGCUCGGUGAUCGUUUACAAAUUAUGAACAGUCUGCUGGCGGUCACAACAUCAGGGCUUUUCGAUCAUUAAUGUGCAAAUCGGUUCGAUCCAGGCGAAAUCAAUGCAAGUGGCCACAAAUGUGCAAUUCUUUUUUUAGAAACAGUGAAAGUGUGAAAGUCUAUUAUUUCCCGAACCAGCAGUGCGUCAGGCGUCGCAACGUCGCCUCGAAAAAAAAUCUGUGUAUCGCUACACACAUUGGGGGGCAGUGGUAAAUAGUGCCACGGUUUGUCGUUGAUAGUAAAUCCUUUUCGAUAGGAAAAAUUACAGCAGAUAAAAGUGUGACGACAUCGACCAACUAAAACAUCGAGGAUCAUACAAAAUAGUGCUAAGCGUUGUAAUCACUGCACGUACUUUGCAUCCCGCUGUCGCGGAUGACCAUAUGCAUAACAACGAGAAGAAUCGCUAAAUUGAAAGAAAAAUAGUACCUGCGUUUCGCGACGCGGCUCCCGAUUUGGAACCCGCGUUCGGAGAAAAGGCCAUUAGCCUGUGUUGGCUUGCCAUCGAGUGAGUGUACCGUGCGGAGCAGUUUAAGUGCGUGACAAGUGGUGUUCUAAUUACUUCGACGACGACGACGUAAUCAGGAAAUGGUCCCAAAGGGCACAAUUCAUACGAAGGUUCUGACUUGACCGUAUUCGAGUGGCGUCCGUGAUAAACAUGAAUCCCGCCGGUAACCUGAACUGUGAUUUCAUCGGUCGGUCGUCGUGGGAAAAAUUUGUGAACAGAUUGUUUUACGAGUCAGUGUUUGGAAUAAUUGGUAUGUGAGAAAGGGAGGGCAGUGAUUGUGUAUGGUGAAAAUAGUGUCACAGUUAAUAUCAUGGCUAGCAGCUCCGCUGGGGCAGCAUACAGACCGGUGGCCCCGGAAAUCACAGCCGAGUGGACAGUGCAUGCGCAGCUGACCCUUUCGCAUCAGGGCAACAGUGCAAGUACUGACCCCGGCUCCGCCAAGGAUUCAAACUUGAAUCUAGCGAAAAGCGUGGAAAAAACAGAUGACUCAGCCGUACCAGCAUCCAGCAACCAGCAGAACCAACAGCAGCCGCCAGUGAAGGUGGUAUAUAAAUUUAGCACCGCAGACUCGUCCCGCAACGGCGGCCCCGACGGAAUCGUUACUACCGGUAGUAAUAAUUUACCCUCCACUGCUGGCGUCCCAACUGGCUGUGGUAGCGUGGUAUUCAAACAGGAGGGCGGUACUAUUUUUAACACCGCCGAAUCAACAUCUGCUCAGCCAGCACAUCCCGCCUGUGAAAAGAACCCCGAUUCGAAGGCCAACUUCGAAGCUUCCAACCUAUCGGCAUCCGUGUCAUCUCAAUUAUUUCCCAAAUGCACCAGUACCUGUAGCAUAGUACUAACGGCAGACCUGCUGCCGGUAAUGCCUGGUGGAGGAGAACCACCUGUCAUAAGCGUUAACAAAAGUGCCUCCACCAACACGGCCGACAAGUAUACCUCUUUCCCGGAAAAGUCAUCCAACGAAGCAAAGGACGUCAGCUGCCAGACGAGUGACAUCGAGUUGGCCGUACAGAAAGCGGUACAAACCAGCCGAGAGGAUCUACGGAGUCAGCAGAAAAAGGCAGCGGAAGCCCUGCUGUCGCCGAUCAUGUCACGUCGAGAUGAGAAAUACAGUUCAAUCCCUCGAAAAUCUUCAAUUUCACCGACUGACGUCGUAUCACCUAGCAACACACUCGUAUCGCAGCAUUCGAGUGUAAAAGAUGGCAAGAAGAAGCCCCGAACGGUGCACAUCGAUGUGUACUGCACCGGAUCAGACGCGGAAUCGUCGUCUAGCUCGGACGAAUCCUCGGUUCGUUCGGUGUCUUCUUCGUCUCCUGGAAGCCGGUUCGACACCAGCUACCGGGAGCCAGCUGUGAUUAAGCCCACAACGGAUGUGACUCAACCGACGAUCUACGAAUCGGAGGAAAUGAAACUUCGUCACAAACGGGCCACUAAGCACGAGGUUCCCCGGCGACUUAUGCAGCACACUGCCGAACAGAGUACGCUGUCUACGGUAGGAAGCUUGAAACGAACUGGUUCACAUAUUCGGAAGACUGUCAAGAGAAGUAGCACGAAAGAGGAAAUCCACGAAUCCAAGCAGAUGCUGUUGAACAAAAUUCUCGGCGAUCAGAAGGAUGCUGGUAACUUCCCUAGUUUAGAGUAUCUCCGGCAUGCAACUAGCGACGACAACAUAAGUUCAAAUUAUGCAUUUUCCAUGCUCUCUACUAGGCGGGAUAUAACCGGUAGCAGUCUAUCCAGUGCACUGGCUGAGCUUGAUGAAGCUGCUGCCGUUAAUCCUAACACAAGCGACAAGAUUGUCGCCCAUUCAGAUAGCUUCGAGUAUGAAAACAGCGAAGAUCGUUAUCGUAUCCAUCAGAUGGAACGUCUUUGGGGUAAACAGACGUGGAAGUCUCCUUCCGUCGAGCGAAAACUGCUGGAGAUUCACAACCCGAAGCGUCGUCAGAUCAGCGAAUCCGAUAACAAUGUUUCCGAAUCGGACCAUAGCUUCGUCUUCGACAGUUCGGAGGUACGACCGCAUGAAUCCGUCCACUCGUUGAACGAACACAGCGACUCGAGCCCAUCGACGGUGAAGAGUUGCUCCAAUCGGGCACCGUCCAAUGCGGACAGUUCGAAGCGAAUUCUACACCAUGCACUGCUGACUGUCAGCAAUUCGGCUACGUUUCCCCCACGAUCGUCGUGGUCCCCAAUCGAAGGCUAUAGCAGCGAGUAUCUUGCGCUAGCUCGACGGUUCGGUAGUUUGAUAACGGCGAAGCGAAAACCGGGCGUCCACAUGGGCCCGGUAAGAAAUCCCGAGUGCCAGUGCGAACACUGCCGGCGCUGGAUGCUCGAACGGGAAGGUGGUCCACGGGAUAGGGCACUUUCGGUUGACGUCGAAUCACCGUCCAACAUUGUCGAUAUGAGAAAGCACUAUCAUCUGAGGAAUCGGAAGAUUUCUUGAUUCUUCGGAGCGGGAAUCAUUUCGCCACUGUAUAUAUUGCGUUUAGGAUUGCAUUUUUCUUUUAACUGUUCAUUUAUUUCUACAUUUAUUUUAUUUCGACUCAAUAAUAGUGUGUAGUCGUAAAUCGGUGUAACAUA